CCUUUUUAUCAGAAGGACAUAGCAGGGAAAACCUGCGUGUUGUACCAAGAUGGGGCUAGAAGCACAUAGGAAGAUCCCACAUGAACUCUCGAAGGCCCCAGGUAGCAUGAUAACACUGGUGCCCUUGUCUUAAGAGCUAAGCUGUCUCCUGAAUGACUUUGACCAUUGUGCUCUGGGUGGCUACUCCAAAACUCAUUCUCUGAUGAGUUUCUCCAACCCUGAUCAGGUGACCUGCCAGGAUAGGGCACCCGCGGUCAUACGCAGGGCCUUACAAGAACACUUGCUCAAUGAGGAGGAUCCAGAGGACUUUGAGCUGCUUCAGAUUGUGUCGGAGCAUAAGAUGCUGAGGAUCCCUGCUGAUGGCAAUGUGUUCUAUGCCAUCAAUCCCCGCGUGGACUUUGAUUUUGUCCUCAGGAAAAGAGUCACCAGGAAGUGGGCCAACAGGAAGACAAAGGAGUUCUUGGAGUCCACUUCUUCGGUGACUCACAGGAUCCCACGAGCUGUGAGCAGCAGCUCUUCAGUGGCAGCCAGACCACUACCCCAGGCCACUGAAAGCAAGGACUCCAGUACCAAUAGUGUCACCAACAGCAGUUCCCUACUGCCUCAUUACAACAAGCAGGCAGAAGAGAGCAGCUUCGUACAGGUCCACCUGGAGGAGCAGACCAGGAGGGACUCACAGCGCAUCCUGUUGUCAGAAUCAACUUCUGAGGCCUCAGCCAUGGAGUGUACCAUCAGCCCAGCCUCCAGUCACAUCUCUUCUCAACAGGCUAGGCCCAAGCCGACGGCCACAAAACACAUGAAGAAAUCCAGGGCCAUCGGAUACAUAACGGGCAGAUGCUCAUGGCCCCGGUCCAAGAAACAGGUGAAAGACAGCUGCCUCAUAAAUGUCAGACUGGAGCACCAGAGUGCAAAGGAUGGCAAGACUGUCCAGGUGACAUGCAACGACAGGGCUCCUACGGUCAUUCGCAGGGCCCUGGAACAUCACUUGCUGAUGCAGGAGAAGCCACAAGACUAUGAACUGGGACAAAUCAUCUCCCAACAGCACAAAAUGAAGAUUCCAAAGAAUGCCAACGUCUUUUAUGCGAUGAAGCCACAUGUCAGGAGAGACUUCAUCCUGAGAAAGAGGACCUGUCCUCAGGAUGAAAAGGAUGACUGGAUCCCUCCCCAACCUCCCUCUUAUGAGGCAACUCAGGUGCGACAUCACCGCUGGAACCUGUGGACAAGAAUCUGCUCCUGUCUCUCUGGGCAGUGCUAAAGCAUUGCAUCAUGGAUGAUCAAUGAGAUUGACUUCUAAAAUGUUUACUCAUCAAUUCCAUACAUAA